AUGCUCCGUUCAAACCUCAUCGCGACAAUAGUCACUCUGCUCCUGCUAUUCGCGCAGGCACAUGCAAACCAAGCGCUGAUGAAAAAGCUUGUGCAUGACUAUCAGAAGAAUACCAAGUCUCAUCUCCCCAGCCAAGGCCCCUGUACACCGGACAAGCUUGUCGUGCGCAAAGAGUGGAGCACCCUCGACACCAAAACAAGACAAUCAUACAUCAACGCAGUGAAAUGCCUGGCUAAACGCCCUUCAAUAAUAGAUCCCAAGCUUGCCCCCGGCGCGCGCACCCGGUUCGACGACUUCCAGGCAACGCACAUCCUACACACCCGCACCAUCCACGCCACAGGCCUCUUCUUCGCCUGGCACCGGCACUUCGUCCACCUCUACGAGAAAGCCCUCCGCGAAGAAUGCGGCUACACGGGGCACCAGCCAUACUGGGAAUGGUCACACUGGGCGAAUAAACCUGUCAAGUCCAACCCACUCUACGAUGGCUCGCAUACCUCGAUGUCUGGGAACGGACGGUAUAUCCCUGGUAGGAAUGGGACAAUCCAGUUAUUCCCCAUCCCAGACCCCACGCCUGAAAAGGCGAUCUUUACACCCCCAGGCACAGGAGGUGGAUAUAUCCACGACGGACCCUUUGCGAACUGGUCACUGCAUCUCGGACCUGUUGCGUAUUCCUACGACAAGGGAGUACACGUCCCUCCGAACCCACAGAGUGAUGGCCUGGGAUAUAACCCUCGUCCUUUAAUUCGGGACUUCAACAAUUCCCUCCUGCAGGAGUCUGCAUCCUGGGACGUGAUACUGGAUAUGCUGGUGAAUGUGACAGAUAUCCACGAGUUCCAUCCCAAGUUCUUCCAGGGCCCGCAUCUGGCCGGCCAUAGUUUUAUUUCUGGCGUGGAUAAUGAUAUCUUCACGUCGCCUGGGGACCCGCUGUUUUGGUUUCAUCAUGCGCAGGUAGAUCGUAUUUGGACGGUGUGGCAGGGGUUGGAUUUGGAUACCAGGGAAGAGGCGCUGGAUGGGACGAUGACUUUGUUGGAUUGUACGUUUCUAUCUUAUUCCAUUAUUACAUUAGAAGCUGACUGA